GUGAAUCCGAACAAGGAAUGUCUUGGGCAAGCCAUCGGGGCUGGUCGCAAUUUUGGCUUAAGGUUUCGAGGGGCCGUCGCCGGCCUCCCAGGGCUCCCCUCUGGCGUCUCUCGUUCCGCUCAGCUCUGCACAUCUGCAGACGGCAUGAUGCGCCUGCGCACGUCUCACAGCGUCGGCGCGCUGCUCUUGCUGCUGGCAGAGCUCGGCGCCCCGAGCGCCGGGUCGCCGGCGAGCGGGACGCUGGCCCGCCCGAGGGGGGAGGGCUCGGCGAGCGGUCGCCCUCGCGAGCCGCAGGCCGAGUUCGGGAGGCGCUUGUCUACCAGCGGCGCGCAGUUGCUCAAGCUCAUGGCGGGUGAUGGGGUCGACAACGACCAGUUCGGUGGGUCGGUUGCCGUGAGCUCCGACGGGGCCCGCGUGGUGGUGGGGGCCGUUUACUUGUACUACGAUGACGUUCCCAUCACUCAUGGCUCCGUGUACGUGCUCGACGGGGCCACCGGCGAGACGCUGCUGAAGCUUGUGGCGAGUGAUGGGGCUGCAAACGACCGGUUCGGUUCCUCGGUAGCCGUGAGCUCCGACAGGGGGCCGCGUGGUGGUGGGAAACGACGAUGACGACGACCAGGGCACCGGUUCCGGCUCCGUCUACGUGCUCGACGGGGCCACCGGCGAGAGGCUGCUGAAGCUUGUGGCGAGUGAUGGGGCUGCUUUCGACCGGUUCGGUGCGUCGGUUGCCGUGAGCUCCGACGGGGCCCGCGUGGUGGUGGGCGACACUUCCGGCUCCGUGUACGUGCUCGACGGGGCCACCGGCGUGAGGCUGCUGAAGCUUGUGGCGAGUGAUGGGGCUGCAGACGACGGGUUCGGUGUGUCGGUUGCCGUGAGCUCCGACGGGGCCCGCGUGGUGGUGGGAAACGACAAUGACGACGACCAGGGCGCCGGUUCCGGCUCCGUGCACGUGCUCGACGGGGCCACCGGCGAGAGGCUGCUGAAGCUUGUGGCGAGUGAUGGGGCUGCUUUCGACCGGUUCGGUGCGUCGGUUGCCGUGAGCUCCGACGGGGCCCGCGUGGUGGUGGGGGCCUAUGGUGACGACGACCAGGGCGACACUUCCGGCUCCGUGUACGUGCUCGACGGGGCCACCGGCGAGAGGCUGCUGAAGCUUGUGGCGAGUGAUGGGGCUGCAGACGACCGGUUCGGUUCCUCGGUAGCCGUGAGCUCCGACGGGGCCCGCGUGGUGGUGGGGGCCUUCCUUGACGACGACCAGGGCACCAAUUCUGGCUCCGUGUACGUGCUCGACGGGGCCACCGGCGAGAGGCUGCUGAAGCUUGUGGCGAGUGAUGGGGCUGCUUUCGACUUCUUCGGUAUGAAGGUGGCCGUGAGCUCCGACGGGGCCCGCGUGGUGGUGGGGGCCUUUUAUGACGACGACCAGGGCUACAAUUCAGGCUCCGCGUACGUGUUCGACUUCACCGAGGCAACAACUGAGACGACCACCGCGACGACCACCAAGACGGCCGCGACGACCACCGAUACGGGCACGAGUUCCGCGACGUCAAGCACUACUACCGUCACCACCAAGACGGCCACGACGACCACCGAUACGGGCACGAGUUCCGCGACGUCAAGCACUACUACCAUCACCACCAAGACGGCCGCGACGACCACCGAUACGGGCACGAGUUCCGCGACGUCAAGCACUACUACCAUCACCACCAAGACGGCCACGACGACCACCGAUACGGGCACGAGUUCGGACACGUCAAACACCACAGCCACCACCGAGCCAUGGGGAUUAAUUGCGGUCUUCGCUGGUGUCUUGAUCUUCUUCUUGUUGAUCUUGUUCUUGGUCUGCGGCGUCGCGCUGGGCUGCCUGGUGGGGCUCGAGUGUCUUUGCCGUGGCAGGGGCCCAACACCCCAGCGCGGCAUUCACAACGCGGAGGUUGAGGUCAACUAGUCGGAGCAGGACGCGGAGAUCGAUGAGCACGAGUCGGCGCAACGUGUUUAGCACGACGCGGAGCCUGUAUCAUCAGGCAAGGCUUGCGCGCACUCCUGAUUUUCUCCUCCAGGCCCCACAGUGCUGCGUGCUGACGCGCGCCCGGGGGGCCACAGACGAUGGCGGCCAGAAAGCUCGCUCUGCCUGACGUGCUGCCCCAAAGCUGGAGGCGUCGGGGCUUACGUAUGUCGACCCGCGGCGCGUCCGCUGCCAGCAUUCAACGUUGGACGCCGCUGGC